UCCGCCAUAUUUGACUCAGUCUCAUCCACCUGCAACAACCAUUUUUGUGCUCUCGCGAGAAAAAAAAAAAAACUGAAAAUGGACACUUUCACAGAGCGGGAAGGAUGAGCGGGUGGAGAGGGAGAGACACUGAAAGCUAGAAGAAAGAGGAGCAAUUUUUCGUAAAUCUCUUUCGAUUCGGGAUAGUUUCCUCUAAAUUUAGCAGAUCUGUGGCUAAAUUUAGGGGGAAUUAGGGUUUUGAUUUUCUGUGUUGGGUAUUGACGGACGGAGAGGGGGAGGAUUAGGGUUUCUUCUUCAAGAUGAUGAUCUCUCGGGGCUUGUUUGGGUGGUCUCCACCUCAUAUACAACCCUUGACUCCUGUCUCCGAGGUAUCGGAGCCGCCGGAAUCUCCGUCGCCCUACCUUGACCCGGGUAGUGACCCUACCGGCGACCGACUUGAGGAGCCUGAAGAGAUCGAGGAACCCGAGGAUAUUGAGCCGCCCCCGGCUGCUGUGCCAUUUUCGCGGCUUUUUGCGUGUGCCGACCGGCUUGAUUGGACUCUCAUGGUUGUUGGAUCGAUUGCCGCUGCAGCGCACGGUACUGCUUUGGUUGUUUACCUCCAUUACUUCGCUAAGAUUGUCCAUGUGCUGAGGAUUCCUCCGGAAGAGCAGUCUCAGAGAUUUAGGGAGCUUGCUUUAAGAGUUGUUUAUAUCGCUAUUGGUGUUUUCGUUGCUGGUUGGAUUGAGGUUUCAUGCUGGAUUCUGACCGGUGAAAGGCAGACUGCUGUCAUUAGAUCCAGAUAUGUUCAAGUGUUACUUAAUCAGGAUAUGAGUUUUUUCGAUACAUAUGGCAACAAUGGGGAUAUUGUUAGCCAAGUACUCAGUGAUGUGCUACUCAUUCAGUCUGCUCUUAGUGAAAAAGUUGGAAACUAUAUACACAAUAUGGCUACAUUCUUCAGUGGCCUUGUCAUUGGAUUUAUUAACUGCUGGCAGAUUGCUCUCAUAACUUUAGCCACUGGUCCCUUCAUAGUUGCUGCUGGAGGAAUAUCAAAUAUAUUUCUUCACAGGCUUGCUGAAAAUAUUCAAGAUGCAUAUGCUGAAGCUGCUAGCAUCGCAGAGCAGGCAGUCUCUUAUGUCAGGACGUUGUAUGCAUUCACAAAUGAAACAUUAGCCAAGUAUUCUUAUGCAACGUCAUUACAAGCAACUCUUAGAUACGGUAUAUUGAUAAGCCUUGUGCAAGGUCUUGGGCUCGGAUUCACUUAUGGACUUGCAAUAUGUUCCUGUGCUUUGCAACUUUGGGUUGGAAGGUUCUUGGUCACACAUCAGAAAGCUCAUGGAGGAGAGAUUAUAACGGCACUAUUUGCUGUAAUUUUAAGUGGCCUUGGGUUAAACCAAGCGGCUACAAACUUUUAUUCAUUUGACCAAGGGCGCAUAGCUGCUUAUAGACUUUUUGAGAUGAUAAGUCGGUCAUCAUCUGCAAGUAAUCAGGAUGGAGUCACUCCAUCUUCCAUUCAAGGAAAUAUUGAAUUUCGUAAUGUAUAUUUCAGCUAUCUAUCUCGCCCUGAAAUUCCUAUCUUGAGUGGGUUUUACCUUACUGUGCCUGCAAAGAAAGCUGUGGCACUUGUUGGGAGAAAUGGAUCUGGAAAAAGCAGUAUAAUCCCACUCAUGGAGCGGUUUUACGAUCCCACAUUAGGAGAAGUUCUUUUGGAUGGAGAAAAUAUUAAAAACGUGAAAUUGGAGUGGCUAAGAAGUCAGAUAGGAUUAGUAACACAAGAACCUGCGUUGCUAAGUUUGAGUAUACGAGAUAAUAUUGCAUACGGGCGAAAUGCUACUCUGGAUCAAAUUGAGGAAGCUGCUAAAAUAGCUCAUGCACAUACGUUUAUUAGUUCUCUUGAGAAAGGAUACGACACACAGGUAGGCAGGGCUGGAAUUGAGCUGAUGGAGGAGCAGAAAAUAAAACUCUCAAUUGCUAGAGCCGUGCUUUUAAAUCCAUCUAUUCUGCUGCUUGAUGAGGUCACUGGUGGUCUUGAUUUUGAGGCUGAAAAAGCCGUGCAAGCGGCUCUUGAUCUUCUCAUGCUGGGACGUUCAACAAUAAUAAUAGCUCGGCGGCUUAGUCUAAUACGGAAUGCGGACUACAUUGCCGUGAUGGAGGAGGGCCAACUUGUUGAAAUGGGUACGCAUGAUGAAUUGUUGAGCCUUGAUGGCCUUUACACAGAACUUCUCAAAUGUGAAGAAGCUGCAAAGCUCCCCAGAAGGAUGCCAGUCAGAAACUACAAGGAGUCUUCAACUUUCCAGAUUGAAAAGGAUUCUUCUGCAAGUCACAGUGUUCAAGAACCAUCAUCCCCUAAAAUGACAAAAUCACCAUCCCUUCAGAGAGUUCCUGGUGUUUUCCGACCAACAGAUGGCGUUUAUAACAACUCUCUUGAAUCACCUAAAGUUCCAAGCCCCCCUCCUGAAAAGAUGUUGGAAAAUGGUCAGAUCUUUGAUUCUUCAGUUGACAAGGAACCAUCAAUUAGGCGGCAGGAUAGUUUUGAAAUGAGACUCCCAGAGUUGCCAAAAAUUGACGUUCAGUCUGCACAUCGUCAAAUGUCAAAUGGCUCAGACCCUGAGUCGCCUAUUUCGCCUCUCUUGACAUCUGAUCCCAAAAGUGAACGUUCCCAUUCACAGACGUUCAGUAGACUGCACAGCCAAUCUGAUGACUUCCGAAUGAAAGCAAAGGAAGCUAAGGAUACUAAGCUUAAAAAGUCACCAGCCUUUUGGAGGCUUGCAGAGCUUAGUUUUGCAGAGUGGCUGUAUGCCGUCUUAGGAAGCCUUGGUGCGGCCAUCUUUGGAUCUUUCAAUCCUCUUCUCGCAUAUGUAAUUGCUCUGAUAAUAACAGCAUAUUACAGAAGGGAUGAAGGUCAUAACAUACGGCAUGAGGUAGACAGAUGGUGCUUGAUCAUUGCUUGCAUGGGCUUUGUCACAGUGAUUGCCAAUUUUCUGCAACAUUUUUACUUUGGAAUAAUGGGGGAGAAAAUGACUGAGCGAGUUAGGAGAAUGAUGUUUUCAGCUAUGCUACGAAAUGAAGUUGGAUGGUUUGACGAAGAGGAAAAUAGCGCAGACACUCUAUCCAUGCGUUUGGCAAACGAUGCUACAUUCGUAAGAGCUACUUUUAGCAACCGACUUUCUAUAUUUAUUCAAGAUAGUGCUGCUGUCAUUGUGGCACUUCUUAUUGGGAUGUUGCUACAAUGGCGCUUGGCACUUGUGGCAUUGGCAACGUUGCCAGUGCUAACUGUUUCUGCCAUUGCACAGAAGUUAUGGCUUGCUGGAUUCUCAAGGGGCAUCCAGGAGAUGCACCGGAAGGCAUCUUUGGUUCUUGAAGAUGCAGUUAGAAACAUAUACACCGUGGUAGCAUUCUGUGCUGGAAACAAGGUUAUGGAACUCUACAGACUGCAACUGAAUAAAAUUUUUAAGGAGAGUUUCCUUCACGGGAUGGCUAUUGGUUUUGCAUUCGGCUUUUCACAGUUUCUGCUUUUUGCCUGUAAUGCCCUUCUUCUCUGGUACACUCCACUUUCUGUCCAAAAUCAUACUAAGGAUCUGCCCACUGCUCUUAAAGUGUAUAUGGUGUUCUCUUUUGCAACGUUUGCCUUGGUGGAACCUUUUGGGUUGGCUCCAUAUAUACUUAAACGGCGCAAAUCACUCAUUUCAGUAUUUGAAAUCAUAGAUCGUGUACCGAAGAUUGACCCAGAUGAUAACUCUGCACUGAAGCCACCCAAUGUUUAUGGAAGCAUUGAGCUGAAAAAUGUAGAUUUCUGUUAUCCUACUCGUCCUGAGGUUUUGGUAUUGAGCAAUUUCAGUCUAAAGGUCAAUGGGGGGCAGACGGUGGCUGUGGUGGGUGUUUCUGGGUCGGGAAAGAGCACGAUAAUAUCGUUGAUCGAGAGAUUCUAUGAUCCUGUUGCUGGUCAGGUUUUGUUGGACGGUCGAGAUUUGAAAAACUAUAACUUGAGAUGGUUGCGGAAUCAUUUAGGUCUUGUUCAGCAGGAACCUAUAAUCUUUUCAACAACCAUUAGGGAAAACAUUAUAUAUGCAAGGCAUAAUGCCAGUGAAGCUGAAAUGAAAGAGGCUGCUAGAAUAGCAAACGCUCACCAUUUCAUUAGUAGCCUGCCUCAUGGUUAUGACACACAUGUAGGCAUGAGGGGUGUGGAUCUAACCCCGGGGCAGAAACAGAGAAUCGCAAUCGCUCGGGUAGUAUUGAAGAAUGCACCUAUCCUAUUGUUGGACGAGGCAAGUUCCUCAAUCGAAUCCGAGUCAAGUCGGGUCGUGCAAGAGGCUCUCGACACUUUAAUCAUGGGAAACAAAACAACCAUUCUGAUUGCCCAUAGAGCCGCAAUGAUGAGGCACGUUGACAAUAUUGUGGUACUAAAUGGUGGGCGAAUAGUGGAGGAGGGUACUCACGAUUCCUUGGUGGCCAAGAAUGGCCUAUAUGUGCGCUUGAUGCAGCCACAUUUCGGUAAGGGUUUGCGACAGCAUCGACUUGUUUAAGACAUGGAACUGAUUGUUCGAAACUCAUCUAGUUUUGGUUGCCUUCAUUAGCUCCCUCUGCACUGUUAGAGCUUCUGAAAAAAAAAAAGAGAGAUUUUGUAGCUCAUACAUAGCUAGAGGUUUGAGGUCGGGCAGAAGGCGGAUAAAGGAGGAUUGUGACUGAAUGGCAGCAGCAGCAGUAGUUUCUUUUGUUCAGAGUUAGGGUACAGAAGUAGGAGGUUUUUGGAGUUUGACCGUGAGGCCUUCCCUUGGGGGCUAAAUCCAUAUUCUUUAGGAGGCAAUCAUCAAUUCAUUGGGUUUGUCUCCAUGGUAUAUUGAUUUGUUUAUUGAUGAUUAGAGUAGGGGGUGAGUUGGGUCCAAUUCUAGGUGUGGUGUUUUUCAUUUUCUAAAUUUUAUUUUUUACUUCAAAGACUGACUCUUUCUCUCUCUCUCUCUCUCUCUCUCUCUCUCUGUAUGAUGAAUCUCUCUAAGAAUCUUGGGAAGUUAAAAAGAGAAAGCAUACGUUUGUAACCUUUGUAAAUACGUCGUUAUAAUUAAUCAAAUAGCUGUUCAUUUUUGGUUGUGUUUAACCCAACAAA